AUGACGGCCGUGCUGCUAAAUUCCAAAGUCACCAAGGUCCUCAUCGCUGCAUUCUGCAUCUUCUUUCUCCUGCGAGCGUUCCUCAGCCAGCGCGACCACGCCAGCGAGCUGCUGACUCGAUGGCAUCGUGGCAGCAGUUCUCGUCGCCGUGUCGUGGACGACCGCUCGCUGGCCAGUAUCAGGAAUGAGACUUUGGGAUUUGAAAAGACCUUCGCCAUCGGCCUGAAGGAACGCACAGACCGGCAUGAUUAUCUCGCCCUGGCGGCGUCCAUCUCGGGAAUUCGCGUCGAGUGGCUAGACGGCGCGCGGGGGGAGACUAUUCUAGAGAAAGCCUUGCCGGAGGGAUUCAACACGACGAUUCUGAAGCCUGCUGCCGCCGGGUGUUGGCGCGCCCACAUGAAUGCGCUGGUCAAAAUCGUCGAAAACCGCAUCUCAACCGCGCUGAUCAUGGAAGACGACGCCGACUGGGACGUAUCGAUCAGGUCGCAACUGAUGGAAUUCGCGCGAGGCGCACGCGCCCUCCAGCGAACAGAAGAUGCCAACGAAAACACCCCCUACGGCACCGACUGGGAUCUCCUCUGGAUCGGCGGCUGCGCGUCGGCCCCAGACCCAGACGAGAAGGAGUUUUAUGUCAUUCCCAACGAUCCCACCGUCUCUGCGGUCCGGCAUCGCGCGACCUGGGGCGGUCCGCUAGAGGAAUGGAAGGAAAAAUACCCCAACCUGCCGGAGGAUUCGUCGCGGUUCAUCUACCGCGCAGGCAUGGGCUGCUGUCUGUACGGGUACGCGGUGACGUACGACGCAGCGCGCAAGAUGCUCGCGUCGCUGGCGCUGGACUACCUGGACGAGCCGGUCGACAACGCUCUGAGCCACAUGUGCGCCGGCGACCGGGGACGGCCCAAGCUGCGCUGCAUCGCCCCCUUCCCCAACAUCAUCGGCAUGUACCGCGCGGCGGGCUCAGCGCAGCGCGACUCGGAUAUCGACUACGGGGCGCCCGAGGUCCGGCAUGGCGUCGAGGCGUGGAAUCUGGUGUACAGCGUGCGCAUGAACAUCCAGCGGCUGCUGGGGGGUGCGCAGACGGCGGUGUCGCAGUGGAAGGACGAGGAGACGCCGUGGUCGAGUGCGGAGUUGAACUUGACGGAUUUUGUGUAUCCAGAAGGCUAUUUAUGUAUAUAUCUAUUUACGGAAUAUGUUAUCAUUAAUACUAGUCAGUAUACCAAUGCUAAUACGAAUAAUGAACAAAGGAUAAUGAAUGAUGAAUACAAGCUCUGUCUGUCUGUCUGUCUGUUUGUCUCUUAA